CACCCCCCUCUUUCAAAUAAAAGAAAAAACCAGAUGUUCCCAUCACUCCAAAUCAUUCAAGUAUUCUCUCUCCUUUCCAACCAAUCUCACCUUCUAUUCUCUUAUCUUUAUCAUUAACAAUUCAAUUCCAUUCCCAACAAAUCUCCACAGUCCACACUCUCCCAAACUUCUUCUCUACUUCUUUGUAGCGCGAAGAAUUGGAGAAAGCGGAAGCAAUUGCCGCGCAAUGACGCGACUCUUCCGAUCCAUAUCUUGCGGCCUCGUUGGACUCGGUGAGUUCAACAACUCUGCUGCUCCAGGUCCGUAUUUCGACGGCGGUAAGGAAGGAGAAGGGGAACAAGAUGAUUCUGAAGAAGAAGAAGAAGAGUGUGAGUAUGGAGGUGAUGAUAUGAGCACUGAGAAUCCGAUUUCGACGCCGUUUAUUGGUACGAGAUCGAGAUUUGGGGGAAAGCAGGGAGGGAGAGAUAAUGGCGGUGGGAAUCAAUCCGCGGUUCUUGAUAUUCUAGUGGCGGUUUUGAGGAAAUCGCUGAUCACGUGCAGUGUGGAGAGGGAAGACGUUUCUUCCAUGGACAUUAGCUGCCCAACGGAGGUCAGGCACGUCUCGCAUGUGACCUUCGACCGGUUUAAUGGAUUUCUCGGUUUGCCUACUGAGCUUGAGCCUGACGUCCCGAGCAGAGUGCCCAGUGCCAGUGCAAGUGUGUUUGGAGUUUCUGCCAGUUCAAUGCAGUGUUCUUUUGAUAACAGAGGAAACAGUGUUCCAAUAAUUCUUCUGAUGAUGCAAAAACGUCUAUAUUCAGAAGGAGGCCUCAGAGCAGAAGGAAUAUUUCGGAUAACUGCUGAGAAUAGCCAUGAAGAAUACGUAAGAGACCAGCUAAACAAAGGUGUGGUGCCACUGGGAAUUGAUGUCCAUUGUUUGGCAGGUUUAAUAAAGGCAUGGCUCAGAGAAAUUCCAACUGGAGUACUUGAUUCUCUCACACCAGAACUGGUGAUGCACUGCAACACGGAAGAUGAUUGUACUCAACUGGUGAAGUUACUUCCUCAAACAGAAGCAGCAUUGCUUGACUGGGCAAUCAAUUUGAUGGCAGAUGUUGUGGAGUACGAACAGUACAAUAAGAUGAAUGCACGCAAUAUUGCUAUGGUCUUCGCCCCCAACAUGACUCAGAUGGCUGAUCCUUUGACAGCAUUGAUUCAUGCUGUGCAAGUUAUGAACUUCCUCAAGACUUUAAUCUUGAAGACCCUCAGGGAAAGAGAGGAGGCCGCUGCCAAUGCUAGGUUGCUCUCAUCAUGUUCACUUUCUGUAAGUGACAAGAGUGAACCUAAUCUAUCAAACUUGAAGAAAGAAAAAUCCUAUGAACAAACUCCAAAUUCCUGUUCCCCUUCAGGACCGGCCAUUGGGAAGUUCAUGAGGACUUCCACUUUGGAUAGACUGGAAACUGAAAUUGAUGAGAAACAUUGGAGCGUGCAGAACAAGAGUGAUGGAUAGGAAGAAUCCAAGUCCAUUUCUGGUAGCAACACACUAUCUAGGUGCAUGAUGGGGGAUUUAGAAAACAAAUGUAAAGGUGAAUAUGAAAGUGGAGACUUGCUAAGUUUAAGGAGUCAAGAGGCUGCGCAGGCAUCCUGUAUUUCAGCUUAGUAAGCCGGCUAAGAAGACUGGAAGUAUUGGAGUUAUAAAUACCAGGGAGGAGGAGGAGAAGGAGAAGAAGCUUGGGCAUGAUAUUACUUGCUGAGUGGGACUUCUCGAGGUCGUGUUUGUUUGUGUGAACACUAUUAGUAGUAGUGUUAGUGUGUGGUUAAUUCUGUACUUAGAAAAAGACUGAAAGUUGAGGCAUUAACUCAAGCUAAUUGACAAAUAACUACUGAUAGUUAAACCUUCUUUUGAGUGAUUUAUUUGCUCUUUAUUCCACCUUUUCUUAACAUUCCUCUUUAUUUUACACUCGAUGAUGCUCUCUGAUUUGUUAAUUCUGUAUCCUCCAACUUUCUUCUGGGUGAUUUAUUUGCUCUUUAACCCACUUCUUAUGUAACAUUCCUCUUUAUUUACACUCUAUGAUACUCUCUGAUUUGCUAACUCUGUAUCCUCCAACCGUCCAUUGCUUUGCCUAACCAUCAGCGCUCCAAGUUGUCUUUUCUCAGUUCCAGAUGACAAAAUGGGAAAACUACACAGGAAAGAAUGCUAAACUAUCGUCUUCACAACAUCAAUGUUUUCGACACAAAGAAGGCAUUAUGGUUCUUCCCAUUGUUUUCGAAGGAGGAUCUUGCACUUCAUGGCCUAGAUUUUCCGACCCGCUCAGAUGUUGAGGCAUGAGGAUUGGUGAUUUUACACAAAUGUUAUCCCAUUGUAGCUGUUGGGAGUUAACUGCUGGUGUAUCUGCUGUAUCUUCUAUAACUUUUUCAUCUUUAUAAGGUGUGCCCAAUGCGUUUGAUUUAUUUGAUAUCACAAGUUUUGGCUGUUAGAGGAUGAAUGUGAAGAAAAUGUGGUUUCUUUGUACACAACAUAUUGUUUUUGGAUUGGGAUUCUGCUAAAUGAUUUUCACCAAUAUGAAGGUGCAGAAUCAGAUUAUUAUAAUUGGGUGGUGUUCCACAUGUAUGUGAGUAUGAGUGCCAUGAUCUAGAAUACGAUGCACUCUGUUGGUGUUGCUAAUUUGUUUGGUCUCUUCUUAUUUUUAAUUUAUUUUCUUUCCAUUUUCGACUUUUGGAAGCUCACUAGAGUACUUACAUACUCAGUAAUUAGAAUUUCUAUGUGGUAAUUGAGAAUCACAGUUUACAUCUUGUUGCAGAACCAGCUGCUUUGGAUGAAAAUUUCUCCCAAUGACAGGGUACUUUCAAACCACUUGUGCUAUACUUGAUGCUUAUUGUUGAAGCCUUGAUUUUGGAUGAAUCUUUUCUUUUGUUAGAUUUGUAAAAUUCCCUUUUGAGUAUAGAUGUGGUGAUUAAAGUUAGCAUGUUUUAAUUAGGUUAUGCGCAGUUGAUUUGCCUUCUGGGUGCUAUGAACAUCCAGAAGACCUGCUAUGGACAAAUACCUAGGUUCAUCAUACAUUUAUUACUGAUCAUGGAUUUGGUGCAGGGACAUUGCACAGAGGCUUCAUUAUUUGAACUUUGUGACAAACAAACUAGGUGUGAUUAGUAGUUCAUCCAUCGCUGUCCGACUCUUAAUCAGUGACUAUGCAGGCUGAUUUAUCAAAAAAAUGAAUGAUUAAGCUGGUAGGUAACCUGUUUGAUGACAAUUGGAUUUGAGCAGAAUCAUUCGAGUGGACUCUUUUGAGAAGGGACAAACUGGUGAAG